GGACCUCCAAUGUCCUUUUCUAACAUUCAUCACUCAGUGCUUCAACUCAGAACCUGUCCUCAGAACCUAAUAAUCUAUGCAAGGGCUCUAAACCUACGACUUAAACUAUUUCGAAGCACCUACUGUAUGUUAGGCACAGUGAAUUUACCCUUGAAACAAUUCUCCAGGGCAGGUGUAUACUUAACUUUACAGAAGGAACUGAUGGAGGUGGAGAAAGAUAAUGACCUGUAGGGGUCUAAUUCCAUGUUCUCGGAAACUUUAGGGAUGAGAGUUGGCACAAGAGACAUAGGUCUUGCCCUCUUUGGAGGCCCCUGGAACUUGCUGAGUCACUUUGUCCCACCUGUCACUGCCAAUCUUUGGGAAGAAGAAAUGACACGGGAGGGCAGAGAAGAGUGAGCUGAAGGCAGAGGCAGAGUGGUAGGCAGGUUGGCCCAUGGCUGAGGCCUCUGUCCCAAAACUGGGCAAAGAAACGGAAGCCACACCUUGCCCCAGUGUCCUGCAGCUGGAAGAGCUCCUGAGGGCCGGGAGAGCCUCCUGUAGCCGCGUAGACGAAGUCUGGCCCAACCUUUUCAUAGGAGAUGCGGCCACGGCAAAUAACCGCUUUGAGCUGUGGAAGUUGGGGAUCACCCAUGUGUUGAAUGCCGCCCACGGGGGACUCUAUUGUCAAGGAGGCCCUGACUUCUAUGGCAGCAGUGUGAGCUACCUGGGGGUGCCAGCCCACGACCUACCUGAUUUCAAUAUCAGCAUCUACUUCUCCUCAGCAGCUGACUUCAUCCACCGUGCCCUCAACACACCUGGGGGUAGGACUUGGGACUGAGUCCAUUUUCCAUUCUGUUCACUUUUUGGGAGCAUAUCCAAUUUCCCCUUGAUCCUCAGCAUCCUCCCUGGUUUUUUGUUUUGUUUGUUUGUUUUGUUUUGUUUUGUUUGUGUGUGUGUGUGUGCAUGUGUGUGUGAGUGUGUGUGUGUUGUGUUUUGUUUGUUUGUUCUCUUUUUGUUGUUUUUGUUUUAACAAUCUUCUGCUCUAUGCCUCAGCAUCUUAUCUAUCUGCUUCACAGAUGCAGAAAGUCAGCCAGGCAGUAGUGGCACAUGCUUUUAAUCCCAGCACUUGGGAGGCAGAGGCAAGUGGAUCUCUGCAAUUUGGAGGCCAUCCUGAUUUACAGAG